AAGAUCUACUCGCACAGAAACGCUAAAAACUGCAGAGGAAUUAAACCAGUUGCUGGCUUUCUGUGCCUUUCGGCUCUUUGAUUGGCAGAGAAGCAAUUAGUAAGCCAUUUCAUUUCUUUCAUAAAUUCCCAGGAGAUCCAAACACAAACAACCAUUCGGAUCCAACAAAAUGAAUAUAUUCAGAUUAGCGGGUGACAUGACCCACCUGGCCAGCGUCCUCGUCUUGCUCCUCAAGAUCCACACAAUCAAAUCUUGUGCCGGUAUUUCUUUGAAGACUCAAGAACUCUAUGCCGUUGUUUUCGCUACCCGCUACUUGGACAUUUUCACAGAUUUUAUAUCUGUAUAUAAUACCAUCAUGAAGUUGAUAUUCUUGGGGAGCUCAUUUUCGAUUGUUUGGUACAUUAGGCAGCACAAGAUUGUUCGCAGGUCCUAUGAUAAGGACCAAGACACCUUCCGCUAUGUUUUUAUUGUGCUGCCAUGCACAUUCUUGGCGCUAAUAAUCAAUGAGAAGUUCACCUUCAAGGAGGUCAUGUGGACAUUUUCAUUGUAUUUAGAAGCCGUUGCUAUACUUCCUCAGCUUGUGCUGUUACAGAGAACGAGAAACAUUGACAACUUGACUGGGCAAUAUGUAUUUCUUCUUGGAGCAUACCGAGCGUUAUACAUUCUCAACUGGAUUUACCGUUACUUCACUGAACCACACUAUGUCCAUUGGAUACCAUGGAUUGCAGGGAUUGUUCAAACACUGCUAUAUGGUGACUUCUUCUACUAUUAUUUCCACAGCUGGAAAAACAACAAAAAGCUCCAGUUACCGGCAUGAGUUCGUUCAACCACCCUUUACUCAGAGCUCAGUUUAGCUUUUCAUUCAUGCUCUUAGGAUAUGCAAAAGGAUUAGAUACGUUGCUCGGGAUAUCUGCUUAUUAUUGGACUGUCAAAACUGUGUUUUUGCUGUCUACGCUGUUAUCAAUUUCACAUGGCUUCUCAAAGCAACAACUGCUUUCAGUACUUUAGGAACAUAUACUUCUUAGAAUAUCAUGUUUUUGAGUCUGAUAUAUAUUAGUUCUCAGGCUUCUCAGAA